AGGUUGGCAGCGACGACGAUCGGAAGUUAAACCUCAGCUUAAGCGAGAGCUUUUUCAUGGUGAAAGGAGCGGCCCUCUUCUUACAGCAGGGGAACAGCCCUCAAGGCCCGCAGAGCCUUCAGCACCUCCACAAGCAUGCAGGUGACCUGCCCCAGCACCUUCAAGUCAUGAUCAACCUCCUGCGCUGUGAAGACAGGAUCAAACUGGCCGUGCGUUUAGAGAGCGCCUGGAUGGACCGCAUCCGGUACAUGGUGGUGGUGUACAGCAGCGGGCGCCAGGACACUGAGGAGAAUAUCCUGCUGGGAGUGGACUUUUCCAGUAAGGAAAGUAAGAGCUGCACCAUCGGCAUGGUGCUCCGGCUGUGGAGCGACACCAAGAUCCACCUGGACGGAGAUGGCGGCUUCAGCGUGAGCACAGCGGGGAGGCUGCACGUGUUUAAGCCCGUGUCUGUCCAGGCCAUGUGGUCCGCCCUGCAGGUCCUGCACAAGGCCUGCGAAGUGGCCCGGAGGCACAACUACUUCCCCGGCGGCGUGGCCCUCAUCUGGGCCACCUACUACGAGAGCUGCAUCGGCUCCGAGCAGAGCUGCAUUAACGAGUGGAACGCCAUGCAGGACCUGGAGUCCACGCGGCCCGACUCCCCAGCCCUGUUCGUGGAUAAGCCAACAGAAGGGGCAAGGACAGAGCGCCUCAUCAAAGCCAAACUCCGAAGCAUCAUGAUGAGCCAGGACCUAGAGAACGUGACCUCCAAAGAAAUCCGCAGCGAGUUAGAGCAGCAGAUGAACUGCAACCUGAAGGAGUUCAAGGAAUUCAUCGACAACGAGAUGCUGCUGAUCCUGGGCCAGAUGGACAAGCCCUCCCUGAUCUUCGAUCACCUCUAUCUCGGCUCCGAGUGGAACGCAUCCAACCUGGAGGAGCUGCAGGGCUCAGGCGUUGACUACAUUUUGAACGUAACACGAGAAAUCGAUAAUUUCUUCCCUGGCUUAUUUGCCUACCAUAAUAUCCGCGUCUACGACGAGGAGACCACGGACCUCCUCGCCCACUGGAACGAAGCGUAUCACUUUAUAAACAAAGCAAAGAGGAACCACUCCAAGUGCCUGGUCCACUGCAAAAUGGGGGUGAGCCGGUCGGCGUCCACCGUCAUCGCGUAUGCCAUGAAGGAAUUUGGCUGGUCCCUGGAGAAAGCGUACAACUACGUGAAGCAGAAGCGCAGCAUCGCGCGCCCCAACGCCGGGUUCAUGCGGCAGCUGUUGGAAUACGAGGGCAUCUUGGAUGCAAGCAAACAGCGGCAUAAUAAGCUGUGGCGGCAGCAGACGGGGAGCAGCCUCCAGCAGGCCUCGGGGGACCCCAUGGGCCCUGGAGAUUCCUUGCCAGAGGCCCUGGACAGCUCCCUGGAUGCCCGGCUGCCAAACCUGGACACGGCAGCCGCCUGCUGCUUCCGGCGGCUCUCGGACCCCCUCCUGCAGCCCCCCGGCAGUAAGACGGGCAGCUCGGUCCACCUGGACGAGCUGGAGAGGGACGUCCAGCUGGAGGAGACGGCUCAGCUCCUGGAAGGCUCCAGACUCUGCACGAAGGACUUGAAGAAGAAACUGGAGUUUGGGAGCUCCCUGCCUCCGCAGGAGGAGGUGGACAAGGGGGAGGAGGGCCCGGCCGCAGGGAAGUGGGGGCAGACCUGCCGCCGGCCGGACGCUAGCCUGCUGGACCGGGAAAACAUCAACAACAACAAUAGCAAGCGGGGCUGCCCGGAGGACUUCGAGCAGGACGUACUCUUCAGGAUCCUGAACAAAGUGAAGCCCUCCUACAAGUCCUGUGCUGACUGCAUGUACCCCACCGUCAGCGGGGGCCCCGAAGCCUUUGGGGAGCCGUUCGAGGACCCCAGCACCCCGGCCAUCUGCACCCAGCCCACCUUCCUACCCCACCUCACCGCCCACCCAUGCAGCAGGUCCCAGGCCAUGGAGAAGCUGGCCUCGGGCCCACCUGAGACUCUUCCUCCACCAGCAGACUCCAGGCAGCCAGACCCGGGUGGCUGCUCUCUGCACCCCGGGGCCGGCCCCGCCCCACCAGCCAACCUUCUGGAACCUUCCAGGGAGAGUCCCAAAGCCCUGCCUAAGUCCCUCCUCCCAAGGAACCCACACUGCGAGCAGCCCCCGCCCAGGAAAGACCCAAAGGCCGCCAAGGACCUGCGGCUCCUGUUCAGCACAGAGCCCGAGAAGCCCCCAGCCCCCAGCUACCUGAGGCAGCACCAGGAAUCCCUCAUGCAGCUGCAGAAGGCAGGCUUGGUCCGCAAGCACACCAAAGAGCUGGAAAGGCUGAAGGGCACACCGGCGGACGCAGCGGCCCCCGCCCGGGACGGCACCCCCUGCAGGCUGGAGGCCAGCAUUCCCGAGGAGACCCUGGAGCUGGCUCCCCUCCAUGCUCCCCAGCAGGCCGGGUCAGAGGCCGGCCCCCCACCGGUGGAAGGAGCCCCAAUCAAGAGCCCCCCUCCCUGGCUCUGCCGCCUGGACCACACCAGCCACUUCUCCAAGGACUUCCUGAAGACCAUCUGCUACACACCUGCGUCGUCGUCCCUGAGCUCCAACCUGACCCGGAGCUCCAGCAGCGACAGCAUCCACAGCGUGCGCGGCAAGCCAGGCCUGGUGAAGCAGCGGACGCAGGAGAUCGAGACCCGGCUCCGGCUGGCCGGCCUCACCGUGUCCUCCCCGCUCAAGCGCUCCCACUCGCUGGCCAAGCUCGGCAGCCUCGACUUCUCCACUGAAGACCUGGCCAGCGAGGCCGGCGGGUCCACCAUCACAGACUCCCAGGGGACCGGGCCCAGCGAGGCCGCCUCCUUGCCCGAGCCCCCACCAGCCGCCAGCCACACAGCCACCGCCUCGACACCAUCAGGGAGAGCCGCCCCAGGAAACGUGCCAGGCCCCACGGGAGGGAGCAGAAGCUGACCCGGCCUGGGCUGGGUGGGGCUUGCCUUCCCAAAGCAUGGCUCUCUCCCCACGUUCCCUGUUGGGCUCUGGCCAGCACCCCUGCCCACCUUGCUUCCUCCCCAAAGACACAACGGGAGUCGUCUUCACGUGUCCCCCCUCUCGCCGUAGAAAGGAGGGAAAGAGACCGAACUAACUCCUAUGAAGCACAAUUAUGAGGGGAGGUGGCCUCCGAGAGCCGGGAAUGGCUGGCCGGCGCAUGCCCAGCAGGCCCCUCCGUGAAAUCACGCCCUCAACAGAGCCCGCCUGUCCUUCCGUGCCCAUGGCAAGUUCUGGCAGCAGGUGGCACCUCGGCCAGGGCCAGACGUGCCAGAAAACCCACGAGUGGCAAUAUACAUCCUACCUCUGUCCCUGCUUUCCUGCUUCUUUUAAAAGACAGUACCAACCACA